CCUCGAAAGGGGUGUCAGUUUGGGGCUCGGAAGAAGGGAAGGAGCUUGGGGGGGGGGCGUGGAUGUUGGCAUUGAGGAGCUGGAGGCAUUCUCUGCAGCUGUUGGCUUGGGAUUUUGAUGGAAAACAGGGGCUGGGGGGGCGACCUUCACUCCUCACAUCGCGAACAGGGGCGAACUGGGCGAGGGCAUGGUGGCAGCAGUGCAAACUCUAGCAGAUUUACGACAGUGAAUGGAACGGAGACCAGGGAGAAGAAUGGACGUAUACUCGACUGGGGUGAGGCUGGAAGAGCAGGGGGUGCGGGAAGGGGUGGAACCUGGUCUGAUCCGAGUGGAAAGGGUGAUGGAAAAGCAAUGGGGUCCAGUGCUCGGGUUCCAGGAGGGGCAUGUAUUGAUAGGCGGGAAUGGGGAGGCAGAGGAGGAAGAGGUGGAGAUAGAGGGGUGGGUUGGCAGGGGGAGGCUACCAGAGGGGGAGGGGUGAACAGUGAAACCAACAAAUUAACAUGGGUUAGAGAGGCUGCCGUACCUGCGACAGAUAAUGAGAGAGGAUGGGGCAGUCAUGGUGAGAGAGUGAAAGGUUGGAAAUGUCAGGGCUCAGAGACGGCAGCAGGUCCGGAAGCUGGCACAUGGGUUGGGGGAUCCCGUCUUCCAGGUGGGGUUGUAGCCUUGAAUGACAAUGCCGCAGAGCGGGGUGAUAAUGCGAGAGGGGCUGGAGCACUCUGGGAGCGUGAAAGGGGGGCAAUGUCUGGAGGGCAGAAUGACGAUGGGCGAAGAGGUCAGGGAGGAGGUGAACGAGAGCAGGGGUGGUGUGGAAGGUUGGGCAGAGGGCGCGACAGGGGUACUUGGAGUGUUGGGGGCUUGGAUCGAGGAAGAGGAGGGUGGGGAAGGGGAGAUGCUGAAGCAGGCACUGGCGUUGCUGGAGUUCGUGGAGUGGGGGGGAUAGGUGGAGUGGGUGAUCAAAAUCGGGAAGCGGGCAGGGCGGCAUGGAACAAUGCAAGAGGAGGCAGGCUGUUCGGUGAUAAAGCAUUGUCAUUCCCGACCAAUGUUGGCUGGCAGGGUUUCGUAGGCAACUGCUUGAAACUUCCCGAUACCACCAGUUUGCCUCUUGCGUUGGCUCUUGGCAAUACUGUCUCUCAUAAUCCCACACAGCUGCUAGAUUUCCAUCCGUUAUCCCCUACCUUGUUUCCGCGACCAAGAUCAGGAGGACAGGGUAUCUUGGGGGUCGGGCCUGGUCCCCCUUCACAGCUUUUGACACAGCAACUGGCAGCUGCACUGAUAGGGAUAGGAGGAGGGACAGGCGGAGUGGAAAUUGGAGGGGGGUGUGCACCUCCUCCGACGAUUGGAGGGGGGUGUGCACCUCCUCCGGCGAUUGGAGGGGGGUGUGCACCUCCUCCGGCGAUAGGAGGGGCAUCCAUUGACGUUGGGGUCACUGGAAUUGGACCCGGGAUAGGCAGGGUGCAGCAGCUGUCUGACUCAGGAGAUAGAGGGCAUACUGGGCAUCAGGAUGGGCUCCAGGGGGUGAAUCAGGGAGUGACGCUCUCGCGCUCAGACCCAGGAGUAACUGAGGCGUCGGGUGCUGCUGCACUUGCGAGCAAAGGAGCUGCUACAGGAGGCACAUCUGAAACUGGCCAACCUCCUGCACCGCCUGUGCAAGAAACCUCGGGGGAUGUGGUUGCCGGGGCCCGACCAGUUGGGAGCGGUGGAGGUGUAGAGGGGGCUCCUCUGGGUGCCUGGCAAGUACUGAUUCCACUAACAGGGGAGGUCGGCGACCCCGCUAGAAUUGAUGGCAACGGUGUGUUUUCGGAAGGUAGGCCUGCAGGAGGAUGGAUGUACCAGGAUUUGCAGGGUGUCUUGCAAGGACCGUUUCCAUUGAGUCAACUGAAGCAGUGGCUUCAUGAGGGGCAUUUUAGGCCAGACUACCCUGUGAGGAGGGAGGGGGUUGAAGUGUGGGUGGAAUUGGCCAAGGCAGACUCACCGUCGGUUGUGCCCCUGUCCAUACCAAUGCCACUAAUACAUCACAGCCUUGGAUCUGCCCAGUUCGGAGCCGACUGCGGGGAACUUAAGGCAGAGGGGCAGGGUUUUGCUAUGCUCAUGCCUGGUGCGACAUAUCGGGAGAUGGGUGUUGUUUCACAACCCGAGCACCUCAUACAAGGCGGACAGGCAGAAGCUCAGCAACAAGGAAGGCAGGCGAAUGGGUUAGUGGGUAGUGGGAUGCUCUGUGGAACAAUGGGAUCGACAGAUGGAACAAUGACCAGGCAGGUGUCAGGAACAAGAGAAGCGAUGGGGUCUAUUGCGGAUGGUGUUGUAACUCUACAAGGUCCUCCGGAUGUCAUGAGCGUGAAUGUACUUCCGCUGCAGGGCGCAGUUGAGGGACGGGUCGAUGGGCUCGGGAAUGGGGAUGCAGCUGGGACAAUGGAUGAAUGCAGGGGAAGUGACUCUGCAGGAGGGCAUGUCGUGGAAAUGGAGAUCGAUGGUGCAGAGGAUAGCGACGACUUUUCCAAGCACGACAUGAUUGUAGAGUCCGACUGCAGUGUUGAGCCUCUGCCUCUGCCAAUGCCACCUCCACCGCCACCACCACCCCCACUUCACCGAGAGGAGGAGGAGGAGGAGGUGAUUCUCCGCCAGAAGGCUGCUCGUUACGAUGCAGAAGGCAGCGAGAAGGCCAUGGCCACAGAGGACGGAACUGUGGGUGCAUGUGACCAAGCAGAGGUGUCUGGAUUUGGAGCCAUUCAUGGACCCUCCUGUGCUGCUGAAUCAGGAAUGCUAGGAGUCGGACCCGAAGAGCGGGAUGUCUUUCUUCAGCAGCAGCAGGAACAUCAGCAGGUGGAUGAUCAGCAGCAGGUGCAGGAGCAGCAUCCGGUGCAGCAGCAGGUUCAGGACCAGGCUCAGCAGCGGGUUCAGGACCAGGCUCAGCAGCAGGUUCAGGAGCAGGUUCAGGAGCAGCAGCAGCAGCCGGAGGAGCAUGAGCAGAUAGAGUCGCCCCAGCUGGAGGUCCCUACUCGGCAAGGCCUAACAAUUGAGGAAAGGGUGGAGCGGUUGCUGGGGACGACAAGGAUUAUUCCUGGGAAGGAGAAGGACUGCAUUCUUGAGGCAUUGAGGAGGUGCUCCAUCCCGCAACAGCUCGAGGAUGAGAGAUAUGACGCAGAAAUGAUGCUAGUGGCUGCCGACCAGGGUUUUGGCGAGUUAGGGGUGAUCGGGAGCAUGUUUGGCAGUGCAGGCCGGUCGUAUGAAACGGGAGAGGAGGGUCAGAGGCAAGGUGAUAGCAGUGUGCGUGUUGCAGGACUGCAAUUCUGCAAGUGUGGAGUUAACCGGGCAGAUGGCGAGCAGGUUGAGGACGCGGAGAGACGGCUUGGCAGCAGGGACAGCUGCUCCAGGUGUGGAGGGGUGAUCUUGGAGAACGGAACCGGUGGCUUAGAUGGAUCAAUUGGAGAAGGUGAAAGCAAAGGAGUAGGCGGAAAGGUGGCAGAAGUGCGUGGCAAGGAGGAUGAUGAAGAGGGGAUGGAGGACGAGGAAACGGAGGAGGUUGAAGAGGAAACAGAGGAGGAUGACGAUAAAGAGCCAGAGAAGAAGUAUCAUUGGCCCUUGCGCGGAGGGGACUGGAGUCUGAUUGAUGAGUCGGCUUGUCAUGGGAGUACACAUGAUGAGAAGGCCCUUCGGCACAGAUUGCACUUGCGUAAGCAAGUUGUGAACAAAGGCUUGCCUCUCUGUCUAUCGGACGGGAGCAGGAAGGAAGUGAACGACCCGAGGCUUUCCAGGAAAGCACCGUUCCCAGAUUGCAAUGACAAUGAGUCUGUCGAUGAACCACCCUGCUUGCUGCAGCUGCCAGACUGGGCCUGGCAAUGCCCUGCCGAAGAUGUUACUGAGAUAGAUCUUGAGCAAGUUGCGGAAGGAAGGGAAGCAACACCUAGGCAACUUCUGAUCCAAGCAUCAUCGACGCCCUCUCAGAUAGGGAAAGCAGCGCUAAGCGGACAGGGGGCGGGUAUGGGAAGCAUGGGAGCGGGAGCAGUCCAGCAUGACGAUUCCCAGGGAAAACUUAUCCGAAAUGACAGCCGCAACAAGGCGUGGGGUGCUGGUGGGACGGGGCGGGUGCCCCCUCCUACCAGGGCAGUGAAUCGGGUUGGAGGCACACCAAACAAAUCGGCUGCUGGCAGUCAUAAAAGUGGACCCAUGGCUUGUGGAAAUACGAGGCCACAUCCUCAUUUCCCAGGGGGGGGAACCGGGGCACUUAAAUCGGGUGCAGUUGCACAUGGGGUGGCAGCUACUCAGGCCUCAAAAGGGCCGACAACUCCAUCAGUGUUCUUGGGGACUUCUGCAGCUGCAACACGGGCGAAAGGCAUCGAUGAAAUGGAUGGGAGGGAAAUCAUGAUGGUGGUGAGGAGGAAUGCUCUGGUGAUGAGACAACGGUUGGAGGGCACUGCAUCUGAGGAGACGUUGGAUGCCGCGAGGGUUGGUGCAACGCCCAAUGUAGAUAAAGUGCCAGAAGGUAGGGAUUCAGAAACGGUCAGAGAUGUAGAACAGCAGGCAGGAAGUGCGCCUGAGGUGGACAGAAGGGUGGAUGAAACACGUGCAGCCGAUCCUGGCAGUGAAGAAAAGGUGCCUCACAUGAAGUGGGUUCGAAAAACCCGAUGGGCUGGUGAUCUGCCCACUGCUCAUGUCGAGUCCUCGGUUGUGAAACUGUUGGCUGAUGUCCACACUGGGUCCGAUGUGGCUCAUGGUAUCUCCAUGACAAGGGCACCGAGUAAGGAAUCAUUCCAUCCGCAGGUGAUAACGGACGGCAAGCCGGGAGGUGACGCUGGGGAUGAUGGAUCUAUUUUGAGAGCUCUGGGGCCUUCACGAGCAUCGUUAUGUCAGUUUAUCUCUCUUGCAUCAGGGAAAGGAGGGCUCCCACCUGUGCAAUCCACCGGAAGAGAGACGUGUGCAGAAUCACCCUCUGUUUCUGACCGUCCCUGUGAUGGGUGUAUGCCAAAUGCAGUUCCCACUCCCUCACGACUUGUGGUGGCCGUUGGUGGAGCGACUGUCAGCACAAUGGCAGUUCAAGAAAGUGGCCCAGGAGCAGGGGCAAUGGUUUUGCUAGCUGACCAGAAACCAUUGGGAGUGACGUUGCUUCCGGAGGAAAUAGGUGCUGAACGUGAGAUUGCGGCUUCUGGGUUUGAGAGCAAGCCGGGAGGGGAAUGGUCUGAGGGAGCAGGAGCACGAGCAGUGGUAGCAGGCAGAGAUGCAGGAGGGGGCCGAGAAGAAGCUGUGCAAGGGGAAGAACCUAGUCAACGAGGAGAACAGGUACCCAAACCAAGAGAAGAGGAAACAUGCUAUGGACCAGAAUUUCUAAAGUUUGCAUGCGACAAACUUCACUCCCAUGUCAUGAAGUCGUAUAGCAGCCAUGUGUUUUUGGCAGCAAUUGAUGACGCUCUUGGAAGAUUGCUGGAAAGCAAGGGCAAGUUGAAGGGAACAGCUGGAUCAGGUAAAUGCGGCGGCGGUGGUGCAUUGCGCACAAGCUACAUUCCUAAUCAGGCGGCUGGCCUGGUGGCGAACAAAGGGGUGGCGGGUAACAGAUUUGGCAGUGCAGAGGGAGGGGCAGUUUUGGGUACACAGCAAACUGUUUCUUCGUCAAGGAAACUGCCAAAGCCUGGGAGGGCAAAGGAGAGAGAUCGGGAGGAUGCUCAGAAAGUGCUGUCUACCCCCAAAAAGGUGGCAAGUGGAGCAGGACAUGCUUCAGGGGAGGUGGAUGGAGAAGAGCCAGGCCCUCCGCCAAUGCCCCGAAAGACUGACAGCAGCUCCAUCCUGCGAAAACGUCGCACUGUGACGGAUGAUGAUGACGAUGAUGGCCUGAGUGAUGGUUCUCGGAAUCAGAAAAGACGAAUUGAGGUGGACCCCUGUAGCCCUUCGUGUGUUGAUCCUUGGAAAGUGAGUCGAAUUGAGGGCAGGGAACAGGUUGAGAGUGGCGGUCACAGCUCGCCGGGAGGUCAUCACCAUUUGAGCCUGGAGGUGAACUCGCAUGGCAUUGAUGUGCACGAGGUUCAAUCCACCAGAGAUGGAAGGGACGGCGCCAGCUCGAGCUCACACAAACCAGAUGAAGCGUUGAUGAAUCACGUGAAGGUCCAUAGAUCUCCCAGUCAUUUGGCUCCAAUGUCUACUUAUGGGAGAUUAGCAGAGUCCUCGGUGAUGGAACUGGCGAGGCCAGCAUCACCGUCAGGUCUUCCUGGGCGGAAUGAAACUGUUAAAAAGGUCUCUGGGAAAGGUGGGCAAGUUGGAAGCACUUUGGAUGGCAGUUCUGCAAGUCAGGUCGUCACGGGUGGGUUAACACCGGACAUUGCCGAGCACCGACCUGCAGGAUGGGCUCAGAUGAAGGUUGAUUUACUCGUUCGCUGUUUCUGCGCUCUUAGGGGAGACCCAAAGGCGGUUGCCCAAGCCAUGAGUACUUGCAAGAGAUGGCGCGAGGCGGCACAGAUCUCCAAGCCCAACUCUGAUCGCUUGAAUUUGUCAUCGCUUAAUGCAGAUUGUAGUGAUGAGCUCUUGGAGUUGAUUCAGAGCUUUGGACUGGGCGAAUUGAAACGGGUCACUCUGCGCGGUUGUGUGAACCUGAGCUCCGAUGCAGUGCAGAGGCUUCUGCAGUCUCACAAAACGAUUAAUUGGGCGGACAUCAGAGGUUGCCCCCAGCUCGAAUGCCUUGUUCAGAAAGAACCUCAUAUUCAUUGGGUCACUAGUCACAGUGCCGCUGGUGUGAAGAAAUCCAAGUCGAGACUGAAACUAGAGUGUGGCCGGGAAGGUAGUAGCGGCUCGCCAAAUUUGCACAAGAUUGGAAAGAUGGCCGAAAGCCGGAUUGCGCAUGUUUCUGGGAAGGUGCCCCGUGUGAUUGACCCGGUAGAGAGCCGUGGAAGCGGAGGGGCUGUCCAGUCUGGAAGCGUGAGGGCUGGUGAUUCUGUGGGAAGGAUGGCACGGAGUGUGUCCAUUGGAGCAGAUUUCUAUGGUGAUGGGGCUGUACAUCGUCACAGGUUUGACGAUGCAGGUGAUGCCAAGGGUGCAAAGGUUCUCGAGAUGGCUGCAGAUGCGAAGGGGGCAAGGGCCCGCGAUAAUCGUCGGCUUGUCGACGGUGGUGCUGUGACAAGUGGGGUGGCUGGAAGCAUGCGGCGGGUUUUGUUGAAGGCGGCGGGCUCAAAAACUUGUCUUGCAGGGAGAGAGAGCGGAAAGGGGAGUCCAAGUGGCCAGACUUCCAUAGACUCUGGUGGGAGAUUCGAACUGAACAGUAUGUUUGAAAGAGAGGUUGCUGAGGUGUUGCAGCGUAUUGAAAAGGCGGACACUGAGGGACUGCUAAGCCAACCGGGCAAGGAUGAUGGAGCUGGCAAUCACAACAAGAGGCAUUGCAACUUGGCUGUCAUUGCCAAAAAACUUGCUGCUGGUCAAUAUGGCAAGCCAUCAGGACCGCAGGAUUUCAAGAGAGAUGUAGGCAGCAUGUGUCGUCCUCUCCUUCUGGGCCGGAAUCCGAAGAUUGUGCAAAUUGCAGUUAAACUAUCGACGAAGCUGUGCGAGAAGUACGCAGAGUCAGCAGCACUCUUGGCUCAGCCCGCUGGUAGAGCUGUUACGAAUGGGAACUUGCUUCGUUGUGGCCAGAAGCCUGGCAAAGUGUACAAGGUUGGAUAUGCUGGGGACCAUGCAACAAGCCGGAAAAGGAAGGAGAGGGAGGAAGAGAGGUUUGGGAACAGGCAUAGUUUGCGGCAUGCAAGGAAUGAGUGCAGUGGGAGUGAAAAUGAUGAAUGCUCAGAAAGAUCGGGAUCAGAUGAUGCCUGGCUUGCUAGUGAUUCACAGGAUGACGAGGUGGAGAUUGGAAUGAUAGAUGAGACUGAUGAUGAAGAGGAAGAGCUGCUCUCCUCUGAAGAUGACACUGACGAUUCUAUAGAGGAUAGGGAUGCUGGCAACGUUAAUGAUGCGUCAACAGGGUCUUCAUCACCCUCGUCUUCCGAGGAUGAGGGAACGGAAACGUCAUGGGAAGAUCUUGUCGCCUUUCGGAGAGGGGAUCGAGGACACCACCGGGGGAACAAGAUGCACAAGGCAGCAAUGGUGCCACCGAUUACACGAAAAUAUACUGUUGUUGAAGAGUAUGUCUUUACAGAGGAUCGUGAGGUAGUGGAGAAGAAGUUGGCCGUCAAGCUCCCAAGAGACUACGAGGACCGGGUCAAGUCCCUAAAUGAAAUGAAGAAGAGGUGUGGGGAGGACGGGUUCGUUCACGAUGAUGGCCUUGAUGGUCUCCCCGAAGUGAAGCCUUUCCAGCCACGGAAACAUGUCAAUGUGGAUGUGAUUGAACAGGAGGUUUAUGGUAUUGACAGCGCAACAUACAAUCUAUUGCUGGACAUCAUGCCCAAUCACAUAAAGGACUUCCACGCUGAGGAAACCCAUUGCGAGUUCAUAGAGGAGCGGCUUUUGAGAGUUCUGAACCAGGAGAUGAGAGAUUUCACUGGCACAGGAAAGGCGCCUGAUCAAACACCUUUGGAAUCUCUUGUGGAGAAGAUAAUGAAGGACGCUGAGCGCUCUGGGGAUAAACCUUUGCAGGAUUUCUGUCAGUGUGUCUGUAACGGCAUACGGGAGCAAGAGGACGAGAAGCCUGUGGCUUGGCGGAAGGGACUUGGGGUUGUCUGUAACAGGGCAGAAGGAUUUCCAAAGGACGACUUUGUGGUGGAGUUCUUUGGUGAGGUAUAUCCCCCAUGGAGGUGGUAUGAAAAACAGGACGGCAUCCGGAAAAUUCGUACCCAAAAUAAGGACACAGCAGUGCCAGAGUUUUACAACAUUUUGCUGGAAAGACCUAAGGCGGACGUGGAUGGAUAUGACUUGCUGGUGGUGGAUGCGAUGCACCGGGCGAAUUUUGCCAGCCGUUUAUGUCAUUCCUGCAGGCCGAAUUGCGAAGCGAAGGUGGUAGCCGUCAACAACAAGUACAUUAUUGGAGUGUAUGCCCUUCGAGAUAUUCAGUAUGGAGAGGAGCUCACCUUCGACUAUAAUUCGGUAACAGAGAGCGUUGAAGAGUACAACAAUGCAGUCUGUUUAUGUGGGAUGCGCCAGUGCAAGGGUAGUUUCUUCAAUCUGUCCAACUCCGCGACUUAUAAACAGGUCAUUGCUGAGAAACAUAGUAUUUUGGACAGACACAAACUGCUGCUGUCAGCCUGCCGUGGAGAACCCAUCACUCUAGCCGACAAAAGAGAGCUUGAAAAAGCUGGCUUCAGGGACUCUGUGCUGAGUGGACUUCCUUCGUGGGCAGUCAAGUAUGCUGCUAAUGUGGCUCAGUUUAUUCAUUAUGAGAAGGCCACACUUCCGAGGGAGUUGAUUAAGCAGAAUGCAAAGCAGAAGAAGAAAUCCUUCGCAUUUUUAGACGAUGAUGCUGCUCGUGAAAAUGCAGAGCAUCAGGCAGAAGGGACGUAUGCCAUUCGGUUGCAGAGUUUAGCCACCACCCUAGACAAGGUCAGGUAUUGCUUGAGGAAGUUGUUCAAGGACAGGGCAGUGUCCGCACCCCCUCCGAUCCGGCCUUUAGGGCCUCUUGAGCGCCUUGACAAGAUUUGGAGAGGAGAAGACUCGGUAGUCCGGGGUCUUCUACGGAGCAUGGCUCAGCAUGUCUCUUAUGACUACCAUCAGGAGCUCAGCAGAAAAGUGUGUGAGAGAGAGCCGUCAGAGCAUGGGGAUGUUGAAGCAGACACUAAAAGGGCCUUGUUGUGGUUGAGGGACGAGCUUGCACAGCAGAAGUGUGGAGAAGGGUGUAGACAUGACGCUGCAGCAGAUCUAAUGCACAUUUACGCAUACACUAAGUGUUUUUUCACUGCCAAUGAAUAUGCGAAGUUUUAUUCCCCACCUGUGAUGAUACAUGCAUUGGAUCUCGGCCUGAAUCCAGCCAGUGGCUGGGGGGAUGUGCCCAAGGAAACGGAGUUCACGAAGUCGUACCCACGAGAUUACAUCUGGGGCCAACUAGUUUUCUGGUUCAAGCAAACUGUUGCAGAUCCUGGUCAUGCUCUCCAGACCGAUAGAAGGGGUUUUCUGGUGCUUCCGGACCCAUCUUCAUGUUAUGCAAAGAAGCGUUCAUCUGCGCUGAGGCCGAGUUAUGGUGCCAAGUGUCGUGAGCAGAUGUUGCAGCGUCUGAUGGCGGGCGAAAAGCUUAAACCCUGGCCGAAACCCGACAAGUCAUUUUGGAAGUACAAGUCGCAUUCUCUGUAUGGAUCUCCUUUCUUUGAUGCUGUGUUUGAUGGCAAGGUGGAUGAGGAGAUGGUGGAUUGGUUGAGAAACCGGAAGUACACCUACUCUAGUCCUUACGACGAUUUGAGCGAUGGUUCUUGAUGGUGUCAUCAUUAACAACACUGGUUCUCCAAAACACCAGGUUGGCAUUGGUUCACAAUCGAAUGGGAUCAACACGCCUACUACUUUGGUGGGUGGCUGAUGGUAAGAAACGCCCCCUUCCCAUUGCCCCUGUCAUGAGCGUUGGCUGCGUUGCUUGUCUCUGCUUUAUAGCCAUGUGGUGCAAAUGCUUCCAUUAAGAUUGGUCGUCAACAGAGCAGCCAGAUGGGAUCAACACGCCUACUACUUUGGUGGGUGGCUGAUCGUCAGGAACGGUCCUUCCCAUGGGCCAUGGCCUCUGUUAUCGCUGGUCUCUACUUCAUAGCCAUGCGGUGCAAAUGCCUCCAUUGGUCGUCAACACAGCAGCAAGCCAGUUGUGUUCUUAACAGCUCUGCGCUUUAGCGCUGAUUUGGAUUGCUGCGUUUUGUGCGGUGAAAUCGCAACAGGGGAGUUUCACACAUGUGUGCAUUGUUGAAAUUCUGCAUGCCAGUCAUGGCGAUUGUCGUCCAUUACCAUGUGACCAAUGAAUGAAGCACGCCCUUAUUGGCUGGCCGGCUCGAUAGAUAGAUUGUCGUCUGCUACAUCUAAUGGAUGGCCGAAACACCCUUAUUGGCUGGCUGGCUGGAUGGAUGGAUGGAUGGAUGGAUGGAUGGAUCAGGCAUGUAUUGGGUUGAUCACUGGUGAGUGGUACCUAUGACAAAGGGUCGGUCUUUGUUCCAAUCUGGUUCAAUCUUGGCUGAUGAUGGAUGAGAAGUGGGUGGCGAACGGGUAAUGAAGAGGAACUAUAUUUGGCACUGAAUGGCUCAGGUGGGGCUUGUGGUCUUCUCCUCCAAGUGGUUUGGCAGCAGGGUACCAGAGAGCAGGAGUACCAGAUUGGGACCAGGAAAUUAUUGUUGUCCUCCCUAAAAUGGUGGGACACAGGCAUUGGGAAGCUAAUGGAUGGAUGGUUGUAUGGAAGGAUGUCAUACCUGGUGAGAACCCGGUCUCGCCUGAUGACUGCAGAUCGGUUGAGAUGUCAGUACGAUGGUGAACGCGGAUGAGAUCCAUCAUUUCAUUGGCUUGAGUCUGUGGAAUGUGGGGGAACUCCUCAAGUGUUCCUAUUUGCACUGGGUUGUCACACAGAGAGAGAGAGAGAGAGAGAGAGGAUAUGGACACGACAGGAGGAAUCCAUCCAGGGAUUGCUCUCCUCUCUGACAGUGACAAUUAUAGUCGUCAAUGGGAGUGCUCAGAAAGGGAGAUUGUACCAGGACUUCGACCAAUUCUUUCUGUUGGCAAGGCCUACAGUUUUCACCCGAAUUGAAUGCCCCGUCAUAAUCGCCGCACCUAGACUGAGAGUGCCCCAAAUACGGCGAUAAUGACUGGGCAUUCUAUUCAGCUAAAGACGGUAGAUGGCAAACUGGUAUCCCCCUAGUCUGAGAACAACGCUUACAGAGAUUGCUUCCAACCGUGCAAGGAUCAGGGGUAAACUCUAUCAGGAAUUGGGAGGAAAGAGAGGAGCGGGGAGAGGAGUGAGGAGAGGAGCAGUAAGAGUUGGAGGAUGGUUGGGCUAUGAACGUGCGACUGGCUGGAGGUCUGCAAGACAUUGAGUCGGACCGUGUGACACUUGGGGUGCAACUGGCCCAAGAAAAAUAGGCGUCUGUCGGUGAAUCUUCAACUGAAACCGAGGAUUCCGAAAGAAAGAUGAGUUCGGUCCCAGUUAGUGUAGGGUCUCCGAGCAGGAUGGGAACGCACAGACCCCCUGAGACAUCAGACACGUACAGGACAAUGUGAGGCUCACUGCAUAUGCUGUUUUCUGAACUGUGUUUAUUAUGCACCAUUCACUGGCACAACCAGCGCCAGACAACAGAACGUGAGAAUGGGACGUGCAUGUCCUGAUGGUCUUUCUCCCGUUGGUGCAGAGCGAAG